CUUCAGACUGCCACUCCUCAAGAAUACUUAUUUUCGCUAGUGUAGUUCGUGUCUUGAUGAGUUCCUCGGCUACAACAAGUUGAAGAUCGGAAAAUUUACUGAAGGAUUCACGACUUGACAGUAGAACGGCAUGAUGCCACCUGAUUCUGCUUCACCCCGCUCGGGCUCGCGAUCUAUGACUAUACGAACGCUCCCCCAACUACAGAAGUUGACCACAUGUCAUCGGUAGCCUUCCCAGGCUCUACUAGGCAGAAGGCUACAGCCUCCACGCGUUUAUUUUAUGCUCACAACUACAAGCACAGAGCAUUUUCGUUUUCAUCAAAUUCAAACUCAACAAAAUGCGGACCACAUCACCAAGCUGCAGUCUUACCACUCUCCCGGCUCGCGAGAGCUGCUGCUUCUCUUCCGCCCCCAAGAAUCUGCAUCGCGUCCGAUCAGAAGCGCCCCUCCCGCACCUUGUUCACCGCCGCGACGAUGCAGUUGGUGAACUCCCGGUUCGAGCGGCUGGCCCGCCGCAUCGCGAUUUCCGGCGUGCUCACCCGGUCCGAGGCCGAGCAGGCGAUCCGGGAAGGGAACGUGCUCGUCGACGGCUGCGUGGUCACGGAAAACUGCGUCGUUCCCGACUCGGCCUCGGUGGUGUUGAGAAGCAGGACGAUAAACAACAGCAGUACAACAGACAACGCCGACGGGAACAAGAACAGACAAGCGUCUACUUCCUCCUCCACUUCUUCCAAAGCGGCUUCCAACGAGAAUUACCGGUCCCUGAUGAAGGAUGAGGACGCGGAGUUUCUGGAAAAAAACGAGGACUGCCAGUUCAUACCGCCCCAGCAGUACGUCCCUAAAUUAUGGGCCUUGCGGAAGCCGGAGUUUGUGUUGUGCGACUUCGGCACGAACCGAGACCCCGGGACGGUGGGGUCGAGGAGAAAGUGGCGGAAGAAGAACGAUGGCAGUGAAGAUGUUGAUGGCGAAGGAGGUUCAAGAGCCACUGUAGCAGAUGAAGAAGAUCCGAAUGAAGGAGACACGCGCUCCUGGGCGGAAAUCGACGACGAGGAAAUGGAGCAGGAACAGCAAGAGAUGAUGAACCACAACUCCCCCGAAAUGAACGAGAAGGCGAACCUAAGGGAUCUCCUCGACAACUACCGCAAGUUUGACGUGAACCGCAUCGGGGAAAAGUCACUGAACUACGAGCAAUCAGACGACCGAUUGAUCAACAACUUUUUCGUCGUGAAUUAUCUCCGGUAUCGGCACGAGGGGAUCGUCUUGUUGACGAACUGCGGCCGCUUCCGGGACAUUUUGCGCAACACGGAGUUGUGUCCAGUGGAAACGGUUUAUGACAUCAGACUAGCCACGUCGAACAAUUGCGGCGUCGUUGGCAGCUCUGAUGGGAUCAAUGGAGAUGGUUUAUUUGCCUCUAACAUAAACAACAAGCCGCUUUCGAAAAGUCAGAAGAGGAAAAACAAAAUCCCGGUGUCCGAAUUUCCAGCGAUUUUGCAAUCCUGGGCGGACCCCAUGAACGAACCGAAAAAAGGAGGCGGCGUGAUGGUCCGUGGGGUUAACUACGGGCGGAUUUUCGCGAAUUUGAGCAAGCGGAACCCGGAGGAGGGGAGUCUGUGGAUCCGGAUCCGGUUGUUGGAAAAUUUUGCGCAGUCGGGCGGGAAAAAGUUCACGACGAAAAUGAACCCCGAGCUGCUCGUGUGGGAGCACUUGAAAACGAGGGCGACGUUGAUUCGGAGGGUGGUGUGGGGGAAGGUGCAUUUGUCGCACAUCCCGGAUCAAACGAUCUUCCCGGUGGACAUGCACAAGCACGAGUGGCUGCUGCCCUUCGUACCGGUCAGGGAACGGAAGGCGGAGUUGGUGAGGAUAGGGCAGAUGAUGGGGUGAUGUUGAUGUGCUGGAGACCGGGAGGGUAGAGGAGUCGUUGUGGUGGAGCUGGAGUGUUGAUUUGUUGUUGCUUGCUACUUGAGGUGGCAGUUGAACUGGUGGUCGCUGGUGGAAAUUCAUUUGCACUUCCUCAAAAGCCCCACCCGAUGGAAAAAUGAAACGCUACACAAUGAACAAGGAUGCACUGCUGCGAUUGCCACAUCCGCAGCGUCGAUUUAUUUGAGCGAACUGAUACCAGGUGUAAGAAAAAAUGAUCGAGACAGAAAGAACAAUAACAAGCACAAAAGAAAAUGGGCUUCGGGACGUGUUCGACGGUAAUUCACGCCCCCGCCAACAAGUUUGCAGGCUAUGUGCGGAGCUUACCAACGGAAAAAAAGCGGAGAAGGCCGCGCGCUGUAGAAAGUGGGCGGGGGCGCGCGGACGGUUCGCCGCCAAUGGUCUGGCUGUGGGCGUUCGCGGGGCGCUGGGCAGACCCCGCGAAAAAAGGGGCGACGAAGGAGGCGCAGAGCCGGCGGCGCGACGCGUGCCAGGGUGAUGGGGAAGCGGUGCGCGCCGUGCCCUGCCGCCCUCCGCCGCAAAAGAAAAAAGGGGCGCGGCUCCAACAUGCAGCCGACCGA